GUAAAUAUGGAAGACACAGAUGUGAUUUGGCAGCUCUAGCUAUCCAUCAAGAAGAUCGUUAGUUCAGUUAUAUUUUUCGGGAAGUCACAGCAAUGUGGGUUCGCCCAGAAGAAAUACUAUUAGCGAAUGCACUAUGGGUGCAGGAGCGAGCCAACCCCUUCUUCCUGCUCCAGAAGCGGAAGGGCUACGGGGGAGGAGGGCUAACAGGGCUGUUGGUGGGGACACUGGAUACAGUCUUAGAUAAUAAGACUUUUCCAUAUCGAAUCCUUCAUCAAACCCCAAGUUCUGAAGUUUACUACACUGUAUCUGUGUCCAGUAACAGAAGAGACAUACUGAAGGACUGGGAAUGGCUGGAGCAGAAUUUGCUCCAAACAUUAGGAGCCUUUGACAGUGAAGAAGAUGCAACAGAGUUUGUUAGGUGUAAAAUAGAGAGUCUGUGCGCUAACAAGGAGGUGCCUAAAGAAGUUGAUGAUGAAACAGAGAGAUUUAAAACAGCAACACGGAAAUUUUACAAAUUAUUUAAUAUGCCAAAAGAGGAGAAAUUGGUUAACUACUACUCGUGUAGUUUCUGGAAGGGCAAGGUGCCCCGGCAGGGCUGGAUGUACCUAAGUGUCAAUCACCUCUGUUUCUACUCAUUCCUAAUGGGCAAGGAGGCCAAAAUUGUGCUGAGAUGGACAGAUAUAACGAAACUGGAAAGAGGCAAUAAUAUGCUAUUCCCAGACAGUAUCAAAGUAUCGACUAGAGAUACUGAGUACUUUUAUUCCAUGUUCUUCAACAGUGCAGAUACGUACAAGUUGAUGGAGCAGUUAGCCAAUAUGGCCAUGAAACAGCUCAUUUCUGAAGAGGGCUUUGAGCAAGAUCAUUCUAUACGAUUUAUGUCCAGGAAAAAAAAGAAAAUAUCAUCUUUAAAAAGAGACCUGGAUGCCAGAGCAAGGAGUGAAAUAUUUAGGUCAGCUUUCAGAUUACCACAGGAGGAGAAGUUAGAUGGUGACUCUGAAUGCACUCUAUGGACACCCUACAACAAGCAGCAUGUCUGGGGCAGGAUGUACCUCUCUGUCAACUACCUCUGUUUUACCAGCAGAGUAAGGCGUUUAGUGACUGUGAUUAUACCCCUGAGGGAUAUACUUCUGGUGGAGAAGGUGGACAACGCUUCCACAGGGAACAUCAUGAAUAACGCUCUGGUUAUAACCACCAAAGGAAAGAUGAACUUUGUGUUCACACAGUUUAAAGACAGGAACAUGAUAUUAGAGAGGAUAUCAGAUUUCCUGUCCAAACAGUCUGUAAAUAAAAAAUACCCUGAAAAUUCAACCAAAGAAGACAACAGUUCAAACUCAUCAUUAGAGCAAUCCAAGGACAUUGCAGGUGACAUAGAGGGUAAUGGGGAGUUUCAGCCAGCGCUAAUCAGCUUGUUCUGCCGUCGAAACUCAGAUGAGCUCUCAGCUAAGGAGUCCGUCAAACAACACUUGUGGGAUGUCCACUUUGCGGAGUAUGGCAGGGGCAUGUGUAUGUACAGGACCCACAGGACUCAUGAGCUGGUGCUAAAGGGAAUACCAGAUAAGCUGAGGGGAGAGAUGUGGAUGCUCUUCUCAGGAGCAGUCAAUGAGAUGGAGACUAACCCAGGCUAUUACAAGCACAUUGUGAAGGAGAGCUGUAAGAAGUACACAUUUGCUGCGGAGGAGAUUGAGAGAGAUCUCCACAGAUCCCUACCUGAGCACCCAGCCUUCCAGUCUCAGCUAGGCAUUGAUGCCCUCAGGAGAGUCCUUACCAGCUAUGCCUGGAGAAAUCCCAAUAUAGGCUACUGUCAAGCCAUGAACAUUGUCACCAGUGUCCUGCUGCUAUAUGCAAAUGAGGAGAAUGCAUUUUGGUUGUUGACUGCCUUGUGUGAACGACUUCUCCCUGAUUACUACAACACCAAAGUAGUGGGCGCUCUCAUUGACCAAGGUGUAUUUGAAGACCUGAUACAGGAUAACCUGCCCAGCCUGUUUCAGAAGCUGGAGACACUGGGUUUACUGAGUAUGAUAUCACUGUCCUGGUUCCUCACCAUAUUUCUCAGUGUGAUGCCAUUCAACUGUGCCGUCAAUAUCCUUGAUGUGUUCUUCUACGAUGGAGCUAAGGCUAUCUUCCAAAUUGCCCUGACAAUUCUGGACAGUAAGAAAGAGAAGCUGUUGAAGUGCAAUGAUGACGGCGAGGCCAUGACGAUCCUAGCAGAGUACCUGGAGAAUGUGACGAAUAGAGACUCUACCAUGCCUCUGGUCCUACACACUUCUUCCUUCUCCAAUAACCCACAGCCCAGAAAAGGGCCUACCGUAGAUGUGACUGAUCUGAUUGAGGAGAGCUACACAAAGUUUGGACACAUCACAAACCAGGAUAUAGACAAGCUGAGACUGAAGUACAGACUAAGGGUUGUUCAGAAUAUUGAGGAUGUGAUGACAAAGAAUAUCUUGAGGAGUGUGUCAUCCGAGACCCUGUUACAGGGGAAGGAGCUGGAAGAGCUCUUUGUCGUCUUCAAGGAGGAGUACUUGACGUCAUGUUACUGGCGGACCUCCCAGCCUCCCCCAACGGAUCCGGAUAAGUAUGACCCGUCACGGCCCUACUAUGAGCAGUACAAAGUGGACCAGGACCAGUUCUGUACCAUGUUCCUAAGCCUGUCCCCAUGGGCACGGGGAGACUGUGCUGACACCCUCUCCCUCAGGGCUUUCAGAUUUUUGGAUGAGGAUAACGACCACAUGAUCAAUUUUAAGGAGUUUGCUUACCUGAUGGGGAUCAUUUGUAAGGCUAGCCUGACACAGAAGCUGAAGCUAUUGUACAUGCUACACCAGCCUCCAUCCCUGCUGCCCUCAGACCUAGAGAGAGUGGACACACCCAAGUCAGAAGCAACAGAAGAUGCUGUUGAGGCUGCAGAGUUCUUCGAUGAUGAUGAGGAUGGGAAAUCUUCCAGCACUGACCCACAGGAUGACCUGGAACUUCCUAGUACAGGUAUAUCCCCACCUAUUCCCCCCACAGAAGGGAAUGGACCAGCCUCCUCACCCCCCAAAACCCUGGAACUAAGCACAGAGCAGAGUGCACCUGAGUUGACCAACAAUGUGGCAGAUAGUGCCCAAGAGUUAGUAGGGAGUGUCAGCUUGGAAUCUGAGUUGACUCUCAGUGUAGACACAACAAGCCCAGGCACUCCUUCUGACUCCUUACAAGAGAGCCUUUUGGCCAGUGGUCACUCCAUGGGCAGUUUCAAGAGGUCAGAGCUGCUGUUACAGAGGUCAGAUUCUAAAGCUGAGUUCCUGAACAUUCCUAAACUUAACCAGGAGCAGUUUAUCCAGCUGUGGAAGACGCUGUAUAACCUGUUUGCUGACCACCCCGAGGAGCAACAGCUGUAUCACUCCAUCGCCACAGUGGGUAUGCUGCUUCAGGAGAUCGGAGAGGCAGGAAAGAAGAUCCAGAUGAUGAGACAACUGUCAGAGGAGAACCCCAGGACACCUGAAUCAGAGCUCAUGCUUUCGCUGGACGGCAUCACAGAGGUGGACGCACAAAUUGCCUCCACUCUGGAAAAGAGCCUGAAGAUAGAGGGCACUGCUGCAGAUUCUGAUGCCAUAACAACUAAAGCCGAGGGGACAGGAGACAGCAGCGAGCAGGAUGGGCCUGGAGAUGGUGUUGGGGACCAGGGGACGAAUGAGGCGAGUGACAGAGCUGGCGGUGGGGAUCUCUCCAAUCCUAUCCCCUCCAGCCUGAGUCAGCCAUCUUUGGCAGAGUCAGGGAGCAGCAAUUCGACCAAGUAUGAUGUGGACUGGUCCGUCACUUUUGAGCAGUAUUUAGCCUCCAUGUUAAUUGAGGAGCCAAUUGUGCGAUUCUUUGAAAAAGAGGCGAAGAUUAUUGCUGUGAUAGAGCGUAUGAGGAGUCAGAAACUUUACACCCGUCAGACAAGCACCUCAUUCUCUGAGAAAUAAGACAAGUUCUGUAACUAAUUAGAGGUAGUCAUUAUAUUUUAUCCUGUAGAUUGACGUAUUGUAUCGUAUAUACUGCUUUAGACUCAUAGCCACAAGGAAAGUUAUUGAUAAUAGUGAAGAAGUUGAGGUAUCACCAUGUAAGUGGAAAGAGUUCCACUGCGGUUGGCGAGAUCUUUGACACACAUCCCAGCAAGAGGGUGAGGAGGUUUUGUGAAACGUUUCACAUUUAGUUGGUGAUGGCUGGACUUGUUCAUUGUUGCUUGUAUCAUGUACAAAGAUGUGAGACAAAGAUUGAACACAAACUGUAACAUAAUAAAUACCUUAUUUUUGCUGCUAUAAUAAGUUUUGCUCUGCUGAAGUAUUAAAUUUUGUAUUGUGAGCUUAUCAGUUUUUUGCCAAAAGCUGAUUUGAGGACCUCCUUUGACUGUAUAGAACAAAGAGCACUGAUGUCAUUAUUUGUUUAUUGGAGGUACAUGCAUCAAGUGAGCAAGAAAUACAUGUAUGUGUUUGAAUUAUAAUGGAUAUAUGAUGAUGGACGAUUUAAAACGUAUGGUUCAUUACUAUGAAAAUGGACUUUGUUAAUCAAACAGUUUGAUGAAAUGGUUGAAAGAUUUAGUUUGCAUAUCAUGAAAUACAUAAAUUGCUUAAAGCUGGAUCUUGUGUUGAGAUAUUUUCAUGAAAUAUGUCCGCUAAAGGAUAACAGUACUUACAUGAAGAUUGACUGGUAAUUUCCUACAUUUACAUUCAUGUCAGCGCAUAUUGUGUUUUUUUGGGUGAACAAAUUUGUAGUUUAUAUAAUACUUGUAUUUAUAAAUUUUUCACUCAUUUUUUUUUUCAGUAUGGCUAGAAAUUUUUAGAUUAAAUUGAUAAUGAAGUUUUAUCAAAUUGCAGCCAUAGUGUGUAUUUAAAUCACCAUCAUUUUCAACAGUGUUUUUCUUUGAAGUAUUUUUCAUGGGUUUCUUUGAUCACAAGUAGGUGUGCUGUUUCCUGGAGCUGCUGUCUGUAAGCUUGUUUCCAUGGGUAACUACAACUCACUGACACCGGUUGAGAAGAAUCACCUCCAAAUGACUAGGUUGUCUGUUCAUGCACAUUGGACACAGAUAGUAAGGUAACAGUUGUGGUCAUUGUAUUGUGCAGGUAAUUUAUCGGUCAGUGUCAUAUACAGGUACCUGUACUGCCAGAGCUGAACUGUGCUUCCUUCCGUGCUCAGCAUACAAGAAGUGACACGUGACAGUAGUAUACUAGAGCGUAUGUUCAACUGUGAUCAGUUUUGGAAAGGACAUGUAAAGACACGCAUAGCUAAUUGUUGACAACAUUCUGGAGCUUCUAUUGCUGCUGUUAGGAUUUCCAAGAGGCCAGUCGAUUCCUGCAGUCAUUAUACGUGUAUCCCGGGAUGUAUGAAUACAGGAGCAUAUCAUGUGUAAUCAUAGGUUGUACAGAGAACAGGGUGGUAGUAAAGACACCUCAUACAUAUAUUGUUAUGUGACAUUUCACAAAGGUAUCCAGCCAUAGUGCACAGGGAAUUCAAAGUGAUAGCACUCUUAUUAUACACUGUUCACGCUUCAUAGAUCACUGCAUUUCAGUAUAUGAGGUCCUCAUUAUGUUGUACCCUAGAGAUAAACUGUUACAUGAUGGAAUAACAUUUGUUGUUACCAAAGUACAGUGCGUGUUUAUAUACUUUAGUAUGGCAGGUGUCCUGGAACAAAAUGAAAAUAGGACAGGCGGUUUGUGUACAGUUGCAGCCCGAAGUUCGGAUGUAAUAGUUUGAAAUUUGUACCUUUCCCAGUAUGCGUGCAUGACCAUAAUAACCAGCUCAUUCACCAGAUUUAUUUUAUUUGAAUGUUGUGUAUACAGUCCAUUGAAGUUCAGGUGGUUAACACCUAUUAUAUAGUUGUGCCAUGUAUGUUUAUCUCUUUGUUAAAUUGGCUGAAGUCCUGUGUCAGGCGCUCAAAACAGUCUGAAUCCUGUGUCAUGGGCCCAACUGUCUGAAAUCCUGUGUCACGGGUUCAAAAAAGUCUGAAUCCUCUCUCACGGGCUCAAAACAGUUUGUGUCAUGGACUCAAAACUUAGCAUACAGACAGAUCUACAAGUCCCAGACGUAUUCCCAUGCAGAGAAUACUUCCAUCAAGCUAAGCAUACAGACAGGCCUACAA